AUGCAAGCCGUCCACUCUGCCGCCCUCCGCCCCUCCCCUCUGGACCCUCUCCGUAAGCCUACAUCUACCUCUCCAUUGUUUACCAGUGCCAACAAUGCCAAACCACCCAAUCAACACACCAAAAAACACCCCUUCACCGUCUCCGCCUCUUCAGCUCCCAAGCGCGAGACUGACCCCAAAAAGCGUGUGGUCAUUACGGGCAUGGGCCUGGUCUCCGUUUUCGGAAACGACGUCGAUGCUUACUACGACAAACUUCUCGCGGGCGAGAGCGGUAUCACCGCCAUAGACCGAUUUGAUGCAUCGAAAUUUCCCACCCGGUUCGGCGGACAGAUUCGGGGAUUCAAAGCCGAGGGUUAUAUUGAUGGGAAGAACGAUCGGAGGCUUGAUGAUAGUCUUAGAUACUGCAUUGUUGCUGGGAAAAAAGCCCUCGAAAAUGCCGGUCUAGGUGGAGAAGAUUUGGGGAAGAUUGAUAAGGUGCGAGCUGGUGUUCUGGUUGGAACUGGAAUGGGUGGUCUUACAGUGUUUUCAGAUGGUGUUCAAGCUUUAAUAGAGAAAGGUCACAGGAAAAUCACUCCAUUUUUCAUACCUUAUGCCAUAACAAAUAUGGGUUCUGCUUUGCUUGCAAUUGAUCUUGGAUUGAUGGGACCUAAUUACUCAAUUUCAACUGCUUGUGCUACCUCCAAUUAUUGUUUCUAUGCGGCUGCCAAUCACAUCCGUCGAGGCGAGGCUGAUUUGAUGCUAGCUGGUGGAACUGAAGCUGCCAUUAUUCCUAUUGGAUUGGGAGGUUUCGUUGCAUGUAGAGCUUUGUCUCAGAGAAAUGAUGAUCCCCAAACAGCUUCUAGGCCUUGGGACAAGGAUCGAGAUGGCUUUGUUAUGGGUGAAGGUGCUGGAGUCUUGGUGAUGGAAAGUUUGGAACAUGCAAUGAAACGAGAUGCACCAAUAAUUGCUGAGUAUUUGGGAGGUGCGGUGAACUGCGAUGCUUAUCACAUGACUGAUCCCCGAUCUGAUGGACUUGGUGUGUCUUCAUGCAUCCAGAGUGCCCUCAAAGAUGCUGGUGUCUCACCAGAAGAGGUUAACUACAUUAAUGCCCACGCAACUUCCACAAUAGUAGGUGACUUAGCAGAGGUGAAUGCUGUUAAGAAGGUAUUCAAGAACACUUCACAGAUCAAAAUGAAUGCUACUAAGUCUAUGAUCGGGCACUGCCUUGGUGCUGCUGGUGGUCUGGAAGCUAUUGCAACAGUGAAAGCCAUAACAACAGGCUGGCUGCAUCCUACAAUAAAUCAAUUUAACCCAGAGCCUUCCGUUGAGUUUGACACUGUUGCAAACCAAAAGCAGCAGCAUGAAGUCGACGUUGCCAUUUCAAAUUCAUUCGGAUUUGGUGGACACAACUCUGUGGUGGCGAUUUCUGCAUUCAAGCCCUGA